AUGAGCUCCGGCGGCAAGAAUAAGAGGAUACAGAUUGAACCGUUCAAGCAUCCCCCCCAGAUGCACCCACACUAUGCAGAGCAAACCUGGAAGGUUCUGGAGGAUGCCAUUGAGAAGAUUCACAAUCACAACGCAAGCAAAUUGAGUUUUGAGGAGCUAUACCGAAAUGCGUACAACAUGGUUCUCCAUCGGUUUGGUGACAAACUGUACAAUGGCUUGAUAAACACACUGACAAACCACCUACGCAAGAUUGCCGCCAUCGUUGAGAGCGCACACGGGGAGUCUUUUCUCAAAGAGCUCAAGAAUCGAUGGGACGAACAUCAAAAGUCCACACAAAUGAUCAGGGACAUUUUGAUGUACAUGGACAGGACAUAUGUUCAGCAGAACCAAAAGACACAUGUCUACCAGCUGGGCUUGGACUUGUGGUGCCAAGUGGUGGUGCGCAACUGUCAGAUCUCUGAAAGACUGCGCAGAAUCUUGCUGGACCUGGUGCACAAGGAAAGAACAGGGGAAGUAAUCGACAGGUCACUGAUGCGCUCCAUCACAAAGAUGUUCACUGCACUGGGGAACAAUGUCUACGUGGCUGAUUUUGAAGACCCCUUUCUCUUGGCCUCAGCUGAAUUCUACAAGAAAGAGGCCAGUGAGUACAUCAGCAGCAGCGACUGCCCUGAAUACCUCAGGAAAGCUGAGCGAAGACUGACAGAGGAGAAAGAGAGGGUUAGCAGUUAUCUAGAUGCCUCUUCAAUGGACAAGAUCGUCUGCGUGGUUCAGACGGAGCUCAUCUCGAACCAGAUGAAGACUCUAGUCGACAUGGAGAAUUCUGGAGGCAUCGCACUCCUCAGGGAUGACAAGUAUGAGGACUUGUACAGGAUGUACUGCCUGUUUGGCCAGGUGGUGGGGGGCCUGGAGCUGGUCAAAGAUGUGAUGUCGUGUUAUGUGAAGGACACCGGAAAGCAGUUGGUGCAGGAUCCCGAAAGAGCCAAGGACCCAGUCGGUUUUGUGCAGGGGCUGCUGGACCUCAGGGACAAGUAUGAGCUGAUCAUCAAGCAAGCAUUCAAGGAGGACCGGAAUUUCAGGAAUGCGCUGAACCAGGCCUUUGAGCAUUUUGUCAACCUGAGCCCCAGAUCGCCUGAGUACAUUUCCCUCUUCAUUGAUGAGAAGCUCCGAAAGGGCAUAAAGGACAUUGGUAACAGCGAGUCGGAUUUGGAGGCGCUUCUGGACAAGGUGAUGACGAUCUUCAGGUUCCUGCAGGAGAAGGACGUGUUUGAGAAGUACUACAAGCAGCACCUGGCCAAAAGGCUUCUCUCAGGUCGCAGUUUCUCAGACGAUGCUGAGCGCAGCCUGCUUGUCAAGCUGAAGACAGAAUGUGGCUACCAGUUCACCAGCAAACUGGAGAGCAUGUUCAACGACAUCAAAACGUCUGAGGACAUGAUAAGGGACUUCAAGGAAAAGAUGGAGGAGAGUGGAACGGAUCUUGGACUGGAGUUGUCUGUUCAGGUACUCACCACAGGCUCAUGGCCGGCGCAGGCCACAGACCAGUGCUUACUGCCCCGUGAUCUGGAGGCCUGCUGCGAAGAGUUUCAAAAUUUCUAUCUGCGCGUGCGGAAUGGAAGAAGGCUGACAUGGCAGACCAACAUGGGCACUGCUGAGCUGAGAUUCUCCUGCGGGGGCAGGACCCCACACAUCCUGGCAGUGUCUACAUACCAGGCCUGCAUACUGAUGCUCUUCAACGACAGUGACAGGUUGACCUACCAGGAGAUCGCUGAAGCCUCGAAGAUCCCUCCCGCAGAGCUAAAAAGAAACCUCCAGUCGCUAGCCCUUGUGAAGGGGAAGAAUAUAUUGGUGAAAGAGCCCAUGAGCAAAGAGGUGAAUGACACCGACGUGUUCUUGUUCAACGACAAGUUCCAGAGCAGGUUCACUCGGAUCAAGAUUGGGACAGUGACUGCCCAGAAGGAGAGUGAGCCAGAGAAGCAGGAGACACGGCAAAAGGUGGAGGAGGACAGGAAGCCGCAGAUUGAGGCUGCCAUUGUGCGCAUUAUGAAGGCCCGGCGGGUGCUCGACCACAACAGCAUUGUGACAGAGGUGACGCGUCAGCUGACCGCGCGAUUCAACCCCAACCCCUCAGUGAUCAAGAAACGCAUUGAGAGCCUCAUCGAAAGAGAGUUCCUGGAAAGGGACCAGCAUGACCGCAAGUUGUACCGAUAUCUGGCCUGA